UAGUUCUCGUCUGCAUGGGAAAUGAACGCUCCUCUGGCGUCGUCAUUCUUGAAUGGAUUUGCGAUGUCACAUGUGCACUGCAGCGUAGAAUAAAGCGUUGUUGGUGCCACUAGUGUAAAUAAGGUGAAGGAAGCUGGCCGACUUGCGCGGAAGCUCUCUCGGCGGACUCUCGUAGUGCAAGUUUGAGGGUGCUUGACGUCACCACCUCACAGCCGAUUUUGAGGUGUGGAAGAUCACUCAAGCUAAGCGUGUUACAGCGAAGUUCAAGCUUGGAAUUAUCGCCACGGAAGAUGUCCGGUGACCGCAGUGCAGAUGCAUCAGCUGAAGGCGUCGAGCUCAGCGACGUACUCAAGAAGGGGCUUCGGGCGAACGCCGACGGCGACGCCUGCUCGGGCACAGUGGGCGAUGUCGACGUCGUAGCAAAAGCCAUAAGGCUGGAGUACAAAGGCGACCUGUCGGUUGAUGAAGCCCGCGUUCUGCGGCGCGCCUUCAGCACAGAGGGGUUUGUGAAAAAGCUGAAGCUCUUCGGAGUACCGCUGAACGUGUGCAAGGUCGUCUUGGAAGACCUCGACGAAUCGUCGUCGCUGGAGGAACUGGAGCUCGUCGGAAUCGAGAGCGAGGAAGGGGAAUUCAGCAUCAACCUUUCGGGGAUCUUCGCAAACCUCCGCGUGUUGCACUUGUCGUGCAGUGAGAUCGGCGACCACUUCGCCAUGGACGUCGCGUUCUUCUUGCAGGACAACUUUCGCCUGGAAGAGUUGAGCCUGUGGUCCAACGAAAUCAGCGACGACGGGGCGUCGUCGCUUGCCGAAGCGCUCGCUAUGAACAGCACUCUGAAAAAGCUCGUGCUCGCUAGUAACCCCCUAACAUCCCGCACCGUGGUCGAUUUCGCGGACACGCUGACCGAAAACUCGACGCUUGAGAUGGUUGAUAUUUUCGAAGUGGACCUGGACGAAGAAGACGUCGACGUCCUGCUUCGGGAGGAGAAGUACGCGGACACCUUCAAGAGGGUGUACAUCGUGUGGAAGCAGAACUUUCUGCCGCACCUGACCAGGCUGCUACGAGAGGACAGACACUGCGCUGAAGUUUCCGUCGACGUCACCGAAUCGGUGUCCGAGGAGAACCUGCGUGAGUUCUUCGACGCCGUCGCGACAAACACGACUGCGCGGAUGCUGCACUUCUGCCCGAGCGGCAAAAUGUUUGACGCGCUCACCGACGGUCUCGUGUCCGUCUUGCAGCGAACCACAACUCUCACUCGCGUCCAGAACCUCAUGACCGUGGACCGAGCCGAGACCCUGGUCAGGGUUCUCGACGCCCUGCGGGAGAACCGGUCGGUGACGACUUUCUCCAUGUACGCGGAGCUGAUGACUCCCGAGAUCGCGGCGUCCCUGUCGGAACUACUGGCCACCAACGACGUUCUGAAUGAAGUCAACGUCUGCGAGUACUACGGAAUAAGGAGCGAAGAACUCUCUGUCGUAUUGGAGGGCCUCAGGAAGAACUAUACGGUGACGCAUCUCAUGGUGGCGUGGGACCCGGACGACGAUGUGGAAGGUGUAACUGAGAUGGCGGAGCUCCUGGACAGGAACGUUCGUCUCCUGGACAGGGCUGUCGAAUUCGUCAGAGCGGGAGGUGGUGCCGUCGACGAUGAGGAGGGGGCGGAUGCUCUGAAGAAAGUGCGUUCCAGUGCCUGUCUCAUUGACAAGCUGCGAAAGAUCACCGGAAAGACGAAGGAGGCUGUGGUGACCGAUGUGGAGGCUGCCCUUAAUGGGGUCUAAUGCUGAAGUGCUGUCGACUGCGAUGCCACUCGAAGUGGCUGGGUUGGUUUUGUAUAUAAUAAACGUAGCUUAUGUAAAUACGUUAUUGCUGGGGCAUAAUGUCGCUACAUAAAAAAAGAAGCUUGUUCUAGAACUUGUUUUGCUUUUGGUAAUAAAUUAUUGCAAUGUGCG